CACGGUUUUAACAAGUUCUGGGUUGUUGCUUAGGCUACUUAUUAAGCGUUUUCGCGUUUUCGCGGUAAUCGAAGUCAGGUGGCAAAUUGGCUGAUGGCAAUAAAUAAGUUAUCGUUGACGUGCCCGUGCGUGCCACAACUAUGUACACGACUUCUCAAACCGUAACUAGCUGGGCAGACGCACAGGACCAAGUUCAGCAUUUGCGGGAGGAAGUCAAGUUGAAGAUCAAAGACCUAAACGAGCAUAUUGUAUGCUAUCUGUGUGCCGGAUACUUCAUCGAUGCCACAACUAUUACCGAGUGUUUGCAUACUUUCUGUAAAAGCUGCAUUGUGAAGUACCUCCAAACCAGCAAGUAUUGUCCGAUGUGCAAUAUCAAAAUCCAUGAAACGCAGCCUUUACUCAACCUCAAACUGGACAGAGUGAUGCAAGACAUCGUCUACAAACUGGUCCCUGGUCUGCAAGAGAGUGAAGAUAAAAGAAUAAAGGAGUUCUAUCAGUCACGGGGGAUUGAGAGAGCGGUCCAUCCGUCAGGAGAAGACUCGAUACCAGAUGCAGCAGGUCUCCCUUUCACCUGCUUUGACCACUCUAAAGCCCACUUCUACAGAUACGACGAGCAGGUCUCACUGUGUUUAGAGAGACAGAGUUCAUCGCUCUCUGGAAAAGAUAAGACAAAACUUACCCUUCAGCAGAAGUUUGUCCGCUGCUCAGUCCGUGCGGAGGUGAGACACCUUCGGAAAGUGCUGUGUCAUCGACUGAAUGUAGAGAAGCACCAGGUCCAGAUGUUGUUCAACAACGAGUCCCUCCCAGAUCACAUGACCAUGAAGCGUUUGUGGCUGUCUCACUGGUUUGGCAAGGCUCAACCACUGGUCCUACACUACAAUAUCAAGGAGAAAAGGACAAGAUAGAACUUCCCCUCUCCAACGGCAGCUGUAUAUAUUUUGUAUAAUACAUAUUCUAUUUUAAUAGUGUUUGUGUACACAUACUUAUUUUGCUGUUUUGUAUUUUUGAAAAUAAAUCUGUGGAAAAUGCA